AGGGUCAUGCUCGACGCCGCGCGGAGCGGCGCGAGAGGGCCGGAAGGACUCGUGCGGGUUCAGCCGUAGGGGCGAAGGGGAGGGGGUCGCGCAGGCGCAGUUCAGCCUCUCCUCGGAGUGUUGCGGGGGGGAGCGACGGAGGACGCCAUCUUGGUGGUGCUGUGCCGGGAACUGCGGGGAGCGGGGCUCGGCGCGGAGCCUGCCCUAGUGGCGUGUCCGGUGGGUGGAUGGCGUGAGAGAGAGCGCCCAGCUUCCCGGGGCGCCGCGUGUAAUCAAGGGCGCGGGGUUCGCGCCGUGAGCCGGUUCUUGGCAGCCCAACCCUCGCGGAACGGCUGCGCGGCCGUUCCCUGGGCUGCGGCCUCCUCAUGCCGCUUGGCUGCCCAUCACCCUUCCCCUCCCGGUGCCUCCCUUCAGCCCUGUCCCGCUGCCGUGGGGAGGCUGGGCUUCGCCACGGGGUCGGACCGCAAGCGGCCUCUGUCGGGCCGCAGCGCGUUUGGCGCGGGGCGGCCUCCCCCUCACCUCGUCCCUCUCAUUCCCUGUUCCCCAUCCCGCGGCCCUGGGCUUGUGCUGCGCCGUCCGUGGUCAGAGCGGUGUAGAGGCCGGUGCGGGGCGGCCCUCGGGCGGCGCUGCUGACGGCGGGGCGCCUCACGGGCUUUCUCCAGCUCGCAGCGCUCGGAAGCGGCCCCGCGCUCAAGCCGGCCGCGUAGCUCACUCGCAUCUCCCUUCAGCGGUGUGAAAACUGUCAUUAGCGACAGCGUACUUGGACUGUUAAGGCUUAUUUUGAAGAAGAUUAGAAUAAGAAAUCGUCCUGUGAUGCACUGGUUAUUCUCGUAUUGGUCCGGUUUUAUAGUUGGGGUAUUUCUGUGGGUGGUCUUCUAGCUUGCAUGCUCACUGCGUGCAGACUAUGUAAUCUCAGUGUCGUGGUAAAAAUACUAGUCUAGUGCAGGCUUAGUUUUCUACAAUGUUUACAAGUUGAGGUUUUUUUAGUGAUGUUUUAAUGGUAUUUGGAAUUUGCUGAGACUGUGCAGGUAUAGUUAUAGUACUACUUUUUAGUUAGUUCAAAUACAAAAUUUCUUGAAAAUGCUGUGCACAGUUCUGUGCUUUUAAAUUGGUGGCAUGAAGUUGUCUAUUUAUUAUCCAAGAAUUAUCUAAUCCUUGUUCUCUGAAGUCCUUGCUCAGUUAAUGAAUUGGUCUUAGUUUUGUGUGGCACUUUCAUCCCAAAAGUCAUUUCUUUUGGUCAUUCAUUUUAAAUUGUUGGAUGGCUUGUCUAUGCUUUCUACCAAUGCUUGAUGCUUUAAUAUACAGUCAGUAAAAGCUCAUUAUUUGAACCUGCAUUUCUGUUUGUGGACUUCCUCAAAUACCACAUUAUGAUCUGGAGUCACUGUCUAGUUUUCACCACUGAAGGUUGUAUGUUGUAUCCGUGGUACAUCGUGGAGAACUUGCCGUUUAUCACCGAAGAAAUACUGAGGAGAUCUGUUCUGAAUGCUGUUUAAAAAUUGGGAUAAGAAUGCAGAGUUGUGAAAUUCAGAACUACUACAGAUUAAAUACAUCAUGAAGUAGCAGGGCAGCGGAUUUCAUUUUUCAAGACACGAAGGUCCUAUAAGAAAAUUCUGCCCUUGAAUUCUCCUUGCUUUUUGGCAUUGCCGACACAUCUGUUGAGAAGAUACGGUAUAACGUGUGCUGGGUCUGGCUGGGAUGGAGUUUAACGUUCUUCAUAGCAGCCCAUACAGUGCUGUGUUUUGGUUUUGUGGCUAAAAGAGUGUUGACAAGACAUCAGUGUUUUGGCUGUGGCUGAACAGUGCUUGCACAGUGUGAAGGCUUUCUCUUUUUUCCCCACUCUGCCACUCCAACAAGUACACUGGGAGUUGGCAGGAAGCUGGGAGGGGACACAGCCGGGACAGCUGACCCCAACUGACCAAAGGGAUAUUCCAUGCCAUGUAACAUCAUGCUCAGGAACCAAACUGAGGUAGAGGAAGAAGAAGGUUUUGUUUUGAUUGUUUUGGGUUUUUUGGGGGGAUUUUUUUAUUGGCUUUGAAGGUGGUUGUUAUUCAGAGGCAGGCUGGACAUCACUCAGCUUGUGGGAGGUUGUGAGUGAUUUCCUUUGUUUCACUUUUUUCUCUUCACUGAUUAAACUGUCUUUAUCUUGACCCACAAGUUUUCUUGACUUUGUUCUUCCUAUUUUCUUCGCCAUCUCGCUGGUGGGGAUGGAGGGAAUGAUCAGCUGUGUGGGUGCUUGGCUGCUGGCCGGGGUCAACCCACCACAAAAACACAAAGAACAGAUGAUCGUUAGUGAAGUUACUAAAUAGGCAGUUGUUUUCAGUUUGUUGUGUUUAUGAAGUGCUGAUUUAGAAGUGAUGUACAAUCCAUUAGUUACAGAAGUUGGGCUUUGCUCCUGCUUUGCUAAGUUCAGGUGGAGUGAUAGUUACUGUUAUCAAUAAAUAACUUGGAAUCAGGAUCUAGUGCUUUAUGUUUGUUAUUGAGCAGCGGGUUUGAACAAGGGAUAUUCUUAAACACUUGUCAUUGGAGCAUUGGGCUCCUGUUUUGUGUUAUUUUUUAAAAGGGAUAUAGUCAUUUGCUACAGAAGCUUGUGUUUGUUCCGAAAGUACUGUUGUGUGAUGUUAGAUAAUGUUGAAAAUCAGGGUAUGUUUAAGUCAGUGUAUUAAAGUGAUUCUAGUUGUUUGAAAGGCAGUAAACAUAUAGGGAAGAUAUUGAAAUUUGCAUUGUAAAUUGAAGUACUCCCUGAAGUUUCUCUUUGUUGGAUAUUUUUUGCUCUUUCAUUUAAUCGUCUUCACUGUGUACAUUAGGUGCAGUGCUGGACUGGUGAGUAGCAUACUCUUGUUGUGAACUUUGAAAGCAGGUGGAUUUCGGAAGAACGGACACAUCCUGUAAUCUUGAGGUGGACUUACGCAUCUUUCAAGGACUCAAAAGAAUUGAAUUCAGAGUUUUUCCCUCGAUAUACUGUCAGUCUGUUUCAUUUCAACAGUUCAGUAUGGCACAAUUGAUGACCAAGUAAUCUCAUCGUGUUUUCAUCAUUUCCAGAAGUCACCUUAAAUUUUGAAUUUCUUUUGCUUCUAAAAUGGAAACACAAAGAUGCAGUGCAUAGCAUCUUGGAACGUGGAAGGAGUUCUUCAUAGUAUCCCAAAUUUUAAGUUGAUUUUACAGAAUUUAUCAGGUCUUCAAAGCAGAAACAGGUGAUUUUUGCUGUGGGUUGAGCUCAGCAUGGCUGUAGUCAUCCGUUUACAGGGGCUUCCUGUUGUUGCGGGUCCUGCAGAUAUUCGUCGUUUCUUCUUGGGAUUGAAUAUUCCUGAUGGAGGUGUGCAUAUUAUUGGAGGAGAGAUUGGGGAGGCUUUUAUUAUAUUUGCAACAGAUGAAGAUGCACGGCGUGCCAUGAGCUGUUCAGGACGGUUUAUCAAGGACUCACGCAUAGAGCUCUUUCUCAGCAGCAAGGCAGAAAUGCAGAAUACCAUAGAAAUGAGCCGGAAACGAUUUGACCGUGGGGGACGAGAAACUAUGUCUGUCUCUAGAAGAACAGGUACUAAUGGUUCUGGUGCAUCAGGUGUUGGAGAUGUUCCACAUUUAGUCACAGCUUUUCCAAAAGGAAUAAGUAAACUUGGUUACCGUCCACCAAAUCAUCUGGAGGCGGGUUUCCAUACCAAUGGCACAAGACAUGGUGAUAUAGGUAUGCCUAAAUCAAGCUAUCAGUCAAGAAAGGAUUCUCAUCCAUUUAAUCCAGAUGAUCUUUACUUAUUUCUACGUGGUAUACCUUACUCUGCAACAGAAGAUGAAGUACGUGCUUUCCUUUCUGGGAUACAUGUGGAUGGAGUGAUUCUGAUAAAGCAUCGCAAUGGUUUAAACAAUGGUAAUUGCUUGGUAAAAUUUGCUACACCUGGUGAUGCCUUAGAAGGACUUAAACGUCAUAGACAAUACAUGGGUCAGAGGUUUAUAGAAAUAUGCCCAUCUACAGAGGAACGGUGGAUUGAAUAUGGUGGAAGGGUAGACAUGCCAAAUGAAAUUGAUCGCUCUUUGUGUGAAGACCGUUCUCCAAGAAGUUCAGGCUACAUGCAUUCACGGAAGCAUUCUCAUUCAAGAUCACCAAGGAGACAAAGAACACGUUCUCGUUCACCUCCUAGCCAGGAAUAUUACAUACACUUAAGAAAUCUAUCUACUAAUCUGGAGAAGAGAGAUUUGAGAGCUUUUUUCCCUGAUCUGGAUAUAUGUAGCAAACAAAUCAAGUUUCUAAUGGAUAAGCAUCAGAGGAGGACUAGAGAUGCCUUUGUGAUGUUAAGGAGUGAGAGAGAUUAUCAGGCUGCUUUGGAAUGUCAUAGAAAGGUUCUUCUCAAUCGUCCUGUUUACAUUUUUCCAAUUUCGAGAAAGUCAAUGUUGAAAAUAAUUGAUUCUUGUGAGAGGAAAAGAUCACAGGACAGAGAUCAUCCUGGACAGGCCAUACCAGAAAAAAAUUAUCGGGAAGGUCAUUCCGGCCCUAAGAUGUGUGUUUAUGUAAGGAAUUUUCCAUUUGAUGUGUCAAAAAUUGAAGUGCGAAAGUUCUUUGCGAGAUUUGAUAUUGAUGAAGAUGAUAUUUACUUGCUCUAUGAUGACAAAGGAGUUGGGCUGGGAGAAGCAUUAGUGAAGUUUAAAUCUGAAGAACAAGCCAUGAAAGCAGAAAAUUUAAAUCGUCGAAGAUUCUUGGGAACAGAGGUAUUAAUAAGACUUAUAUCUGAAGAGCAGAUGCAGAAGUUUGGUGUAACCAUACCGUUGUCUGCACCAAAUGAAAUGCAGGGUCAUUCACAUCCGUAUGACAGAGGUGACCUUUCCCGUCCAGUUGGUUCACCGUCUGGGCCACCACAAGGGCCACCCAUGCAUUCAUUUGGUCCCCCUGGGAACUUCAGGCAUCCUUCUGAAUUUAGGCACCCCCCUGAGGACUUCAUGUGCCCUCCUAAGGAUUUUAGAGGUCCACCACCCCUCAUGGAUUUUGGUGGUGACAGUGAACCUUUUGGCAGAAUGGAGUUUGGGAAUAAUAAAAUGGGAAGUUUUCCUGAAGGAAGAUUUAUGCCGGAUCAAAAUUUCAGUGGUGGUUCUGAACGUGUUGUUCCUAUUCGAUUGAAAAAUUUACCUUUUAAAGCUACUCCUAAUGAGAUUCUGGAUUUUUUCUAUGGCUACAGAGUGAUACCAGAGUCAGUUUCUGUACAGUACAAUGAACAAGGAUUACCUUCGGGUGAUGCCAUCGUUGCUAUGACAAACUAUGAGGAAGCUAUGGCUGCUAUUAAUGAACUGAAUGAUAGGCCAAUUGGUCCACGGAAGGUUAAGUUGAGCUUGCUGUAAAGGAGGAAAAGAUGGUCUAGAAUAAAACAUUCUAGAUUUGACAGUAUUGACGGUUAUUUUAACUUUUUUAAUUACUGGAAGAUGCAGAAGAAACAGUUUCCAUCAACGGUUGUAAAUAAUAUCUAGUUCAGUUGUUUAGCUCUUGGUUGAAGUAUCUGUAUGGUUAAGAUAUGAGAACUGUAUUGUGCCUACUUCUUGUGGCAGAGAAGAGCCCAGAAAUUCUGGAGGACAUUGAAUGUCUUACAUCAAGGUAUAAAGGCAUGGAGUUGUAAUCUUUUGGGUUUUUUUUUAGUUUGCUUUAAUUCCAUGUCCCAUGACUUGGCAGCAAAUAAAAAUGUAAAUGCUGGUUGAUUGACCACACAAACUGUUCGAAUAGAAGAACUUCAGUGCUACCUGCAUUAGUAAAUAACACUUCUUACUGAGGUUAGCUUAAUAAAAUUAAAAAAAUACUUUUUUCUUGUGUAAACUGUUCAGGUUUGGUUUCAUGUGGUUGCAGGCAUUCGUAUUAAAAGGAAAAAAAAAAAGAGCUUCCUGUUCACAUUAGCUGGCUUUGCAACUUUUUUUAAAUAAAAAAGAAAUUGCCAUUAAAUGUGUGUCUUAUAUUUAAAACUUGUAUAGUUAAUGAUCUCAUACAUGGGUCUUGGUGAGAGUGAUGCUGGCUGCUUCCUCCAGAAAGAGUGAACUAUUACAGUUUGUCAACACAGCAAUGAAUAGGUAGUUUACAAAGACUGCAAAACCUGUAUUAAUCAUUUGGAUAGGCCUUCUUGUUCUUCUCACUCACUGUAGUACCUCUAGGCAGAAAAUGAAUGUUUGAAUUGGAUCAAGAAUUCUGACUUCAGCCUGAGCUUUUGGAGUGGCCUUUGUUUUAUCUACACGUUUGUAAUAUAAUUAUUAACUUGCUAAUGAUGUCUGGAUGCAUUCCAGGUCAAUCUCUGAUUAGUUUUAACUAACAUCUGUCACUGGCAACCAAGCUGACAACCAGCUAUGUUAUUUUCUUAUGUAAGAAAAUAAAUGCUUAUGUCAGUAUUUAAAAUGCUUUGAUUGGUUUGGUAUCAGCAUAUUUAAAUUUUAGGAAGAAAUAAAAGCUAGCCUGUUUGAGGAAGAACCGCAUCUUCAAAAUUCAGGCUUAGUAGGAAACUUUGGUUAUGUGGAUUAGGACUUUGGUGACAUUGCAACUGCACAAAAUAGUACUAGGAGUACUAAAGAAUUGUUGCAACUUGGUGAUAAAAAUGUGUUUUAACUGUUGCUCAGGCAAUAUGAAAACAUCAUGGAUUCAUAGAGUAGUUGAAGUUGGAAGGGACCUGGGCGUCUCUAGUCCAACCCCUUUUCUCAAAGCAGCAUCAGCUAGAACAGGUUAUUCAGCGCCUUCUCUGUUGCAUUUUUAAUAGCUCUAAGGAUAGAGACUCCGCAGCCUAUUCCAGUGACUGAACACUCACUGGUGGUCAGACCUUAAUUACUUUGUUUAUGUAAAGUCAUCACCAUUAUUAAACUCCAUGUAAACUCUUUUAAAUAGAAGCAAACAAAAAUAAGACUUUUUUUCUGUUCUGUGAUUUUUAAAAGGCUAGUGUAGCUUUAUUUCUUCUGCAUAUUAUUUAUCCUCUGUUUGAAGCGGUAGGGGAAAAAAGCAUUUUGAGUGAUAAUGCCAAGCCUGUACAUGUAGAUUCCUCUGAGCAAAGAAACUUAAAUGUGGCCAGAUAUUCAAAUUGUGAGUGCCUACAUACUAUUUUUGGUGCCAGGUAGGAUUUAGCUUCAGAAGUGUACUGUUCUGAAUCCUCCUCUGAAUUGAAAUGGAAUUAAAAUAAAACCCAACAAAUUGGUGCUUUUAUUUCAUAGCUGCUAUAAAAGAGAUCAAGGAGCCAGAAGACGUUGCAGGGAAAAAAAAGAUGUGUUAUGAGAAUCCUCAAAAUAAACUUCUCUGACCUAAU